AUGGCGACGGCAACUCCGCAAGCGAGAGCCGCAGCAAAGGUGACGACGACGCCGAUACCCGCGCACCUCCUCCCCGUCGUCCCAACACGGCAGGACAGCUUCACCACCCCGGACGGGCACACGACCGAGAUCCUGGCACAGGCCUUCCAGGACCGCAUCCUCAUCCUCAUCACCCAGGUCGGCAAGGUCGGCUGCCUCAUCCAGUCGCAAACACCCACAUCCCUCUUCCAAUCCUCUUCCCACCUCGACGAUCCAAGCGACGCCGACGCGGACGCAGACACCGCUCCAACCCUGCCACCACCAUCAUCCUCCACCACCCUCUCGCACCUCUUUGGAACGCCGCCGCACGGCUACGCGACGCUGUACGACCUCUACGUUUCGCAGGUAGCCGCCAUCGUCGCGGCCGACCUCGCAAAGUCCUACCAGGACUCGGCCGGACAGCGUCCCGUCGUCGUCGGACUCGGCCUCAAGGUGCUGCCCAGACAGUCUGGUACCGAUGGUGGCGAUGACGACGACGACGGCGGCGAUGAAAUGGCGGUGAUGCUGGGCGAGGCUGAGCGCAAGCGGUUCCUCGAGAUCAUGAUGAGGGUCGCGGGUUGUCGCGUCUGGUAG